CAUGUUGCUCUAAUAAAGCAGGAGGGGCGGCAGCGUGGGGGGAGCAGAUGCAACUGGCUGCGCGCGGGAGCCGGGCGCUAGUAGAGCGCAGCCGCGAGGGAGGCGCGGAGGAGGAGAGCCAGAGCCGGAGUCCAAGCAGCAGCCUGUGUUGGCGGAGAGCACCCGGGCGCAGCCGGAGCCGCAGCCGCGAUGGCCGUGGCGGUGGGGAGACCGUCUAAUGAAGAGCUUCGAAACUUGUCCCUGUCUGGCCAUGUUGGAUUCGACAGUCUCCCCGACCAGCUGGUCAACAAGUCUACGUCUCAAGGGUUCUGUUUCAACAUCCUGUGUGUCGGCGAGACGGGCAUUGGCAAAUCCACGCUAAUGGACACUUUAUUCAACACCAAAUUUGAAAGUGACCCAGCUACUCACAAUGAACCGGGUGUCCGGUUAAAAGCCAGAAGUUAUGAGCUUCAGGAAAGCAACGUGCGGCUGAAGUUAACCAUCGUGGACACCGUGGGCUUCGGAGACCAGAUAAAUAAGGAUGACAGCUACAAGCCCAUAGUGGAAUAUAUCGAUGCCCAGUUUGAAGCCUACUUGCAAGAGGAAUUGAAGAUCAAACGUUCCCUCUUCAACUACCACGACACCAGGAUCCACGCCUGUCUCUACUUUAUCGCCCCAACCGGGCACUCGCUGAAGUCCCUGGACCUGGUCACCAUGAAGAAGCUGGACAGCAAGGUGAACAUCAUUCCAAUCAUUGCAAAAGCCGACACCAUCGCCAAGAACGAACUGCACAAGUUCAAGAGUAAGAUCAUGAGUGAACUGGUCAGCAAUGGCGUCCAGAUAUAUCAGUUCCCCACCGAUGAAGAAACAGUGGCAGAGAUUAAUGCAACGAUGAGUGUCCACCUCCCGUUCGCCGUGGUGGGCAGCACCGAAGAGGUGAAGAUUGGCAACAAGAUGGCAAAGGCCAGGCAGUACCCCUGGGGCGUUGUGCAGGUUGAGAAUGAAAACCAUUGCGAUUUUGUGAAACUCCGGGAGAUGCUGAUCCGUGUGAACAUGGAAGAUUUGCGAGAACAGACUCACACCCGCCAUUAUGAACUGUAUCGGCGCUGCAAGCUCGAAGAGAUGGGGUUCAAGGACACUGAUCCUGACAGCAAACCCUUCAGCCUUCAGGAGACCUACGAAGCAAAAAGGAAUGAAUUUCUGGGAGAACUUCAGAAGAAAGAAGAAGAAAUGAGACAGAUGUUUGUCAUGAGAGUGAAGGAAAAAGAAGCUGAACUGAAAGAGGCAGAGAAAGAGCUCCACGAGAAGUUCGACCUCCUCAAGCGGACGCACCAAGAAGAGAAGAAGAAGGUGGAGGACAAGAAGAAGGAGCUGGAGGAGGAGGUGAACAGUUUCCAGAAGAAGAAGGCGGCAGCUCAGUUGCUCCAGUCCCAGGCCCAGCAGUCUGGGGCCCAGCAGACCAAGAAAGACAAGGACAAGAAAAAUGCAAGCUUCACAUAAAGCCUGGCAAGCCAAAGGAUGGUCCGCAUUCACCUGCUUUUGCAGUAAUAUCGUAUCUCUGCCAUCUGUGUCCUUUUAGUUUGGUUUUAUUCUUAGUUUUUUUUUUUUUUCCCCCUUUCCCCAGACACCAUAUAACUAUUAACUCAUGUUGCUGACUGUUUUUGGGUGGUGGAAAAUGGUAGAACAAGAGAAUAACAGGAAAAGCUGUGUGCAGCGGGACUUUGUUUCUGGAAAGCAAAUGAUUUGCCUGUUAUGCCUGUCCCAAGUGGCGGCAGGAAGCAUGCCUGUUCUGUUCCUUGUAUGUUGCUUUGGAAAGCGGGAAGGAGGAAAACCUGUUGCCGCCUCAGCAGCCGAAUAGCCAUGACAGCAGCUUGCUUUUCUUGAUGAUUCAUCCCCAUGAUGGCAAAGGCCCUCGGCCCCCUCUGUCUCUUCGCCACACCUGGCCCAGACCAAGGCAGCUUUGUCUGUAGGCAGAAUGGGGAAUAAGCUGGCCUUGGAUUUUUUUUUUUUUAAUUACUGUAAUAACAUUAUUGGCUUGUGGGUCUGUUCAGACGGUCUCCACUUAUGGCUUUCAAAAUGGGUCUGAACCCCCCCCCCAAUUCCUGGCCAAGUUGGGUUGUAAAAAGAAAACGAUGACUCCGUUGGCUUUUAUCAGGGCCACUUUGACCCUCUCCCAGAGUGCCAUCUGCAAGGCCGGAUUGUUAUUCCCUUGCUUAGGAGAAGCAUCCUCUACCAAGGCUCGGAGGGCUUUCCACAACCCGCUCACUCCUUGCAAUGUACCCAGUCUUCUGCAAACGCGCCCAAAGCCACAGGCUGAGGCGGGGCGGGGCGGGGCGGGGGUGCUAAUGACUGAUUCCCGGAUAUUGGUGCUUCUAAUAACAUUUUUCAAUAAGUAUGGGAAGAACAUGUCCAGAGAGACUUCACAUAGAAAGUGAGAGGGGACCUUGUCAUGCUGAGGUAGAACCGGGGAGGGCAUGACACACGCCCGUGAGUCAAGAGCGCAGCCCUGGACCUUCCGGUCCCCUUUCCCUGCACGGUUUGCUUUGGAUGUCUGCCAGCAAAGGGACGAAGACAUAGGACCGCUGCUCUUGCACGCGCAGUUGUCUUGCAGGAAUUCCCUCACCUUUUUCCUCGCCGAGACGUGCUCCCCCUGGUGCUCCACCCGUGGCCUGUGGGCGAGGGUGGAGACGGAGCCGUAGGCAGGACCUGGACCGCUCGGCGCUGCUGUGGGAGGCGCACCUGCUCUCCUCUCCAGGCUCUGCCUUCCGUCAGGCUGGUCUUCCAUCCUCUGGAUGUUUCCCCCCCGAGCUUCCUCUCUUCGUAGCCUCCCGUUUCUUACUCGAAAGAAUUAACAUUUCUCAUGAAUCCAAUGCAUCACCUCUGCAUUUUCCUUUUGGCUUUCACUAAUCAGACAUCAAGUAAAUAGGAUAGAAUACACUGCACACACACACACACACUUUUUUUUUUUUUUUUUUUUUUAAAUGAAUGAGUCUCUGGUUGAUUCCCAUAGAGAGUCUUUUCCCCCUUCUCUUCAUCCUUGACCACACUUAGGGGAAAGAAAGCAUGGUCUUCCAUGAACUGAUUUUGGCCUAAUUAGGCCAAGUAAGAGAUCAGUUCCGUGGAAGCCCAGACUAAGCUUCGAUGGAAACUAAGCCAGAAGCGACAAUAGUGGUGUACAGACGGGCUUAGGAGCUACUGGAGCAUUGCUUUUGUUUUUGCUUCUGUUUUUGUUUUUGUUUUUUUUAAAUGAUUUUAGUCUGAAGCUAGCAAUGAAGCAGCCAGAUAUGAGAUAGCAUGCUGAUUCUAACCAUGGGCUGAAUUUGCUCGGAUGCUCUGCACCAGACAGAAGCUUGAACGCUUGUGUUGUAUGCUUGCGCCAACCACUGCUUGUGUGAGCAUUUUGUGCCUUGUAACAGAAAAUAACUUCUAAAUUCUAAAAAUGCAGUUGUCAUUUUCCAUGCAUCACAAAAGCCCUUUUCAAGUGAGCCUAGCCGCAGGAGGCAUCCAGCUGACUUUUUGAUUCCAAGAUUGUUGAUUGAUUGGAUUGAUUUUUUUCCCCCCAUUCAAUUUUUCGCAGAAAAAUAAAUCAUCUGGAGAGUCAGGGAAUAAAACGUCAAAGGAAACAUAUAGAAGCUUAAAAAAAAAAAAGAGUUGCUUCUGAACUUCUUUCUGCCCCUGCUCCUCCGCCUGUUUGGUUUGUUAUUGCUGCCUCUUUUCUUUCUGUACCUAUGCCUUUUUUCACAGCAGUCCUUGGCUCUGCACGGAAUAAAUGAUACCCUCCAAUCUAAUUGGAUAUGCUUUCCGCCUUGGCAUGUAAGUAAGAAGUAAGAAACCUUUGAGGUAUUUUUGACUUUUUUUAAAUUAGGGAAACCAUUGGGAAAGGUGGGUAGGGAGAUAGUGGUUUGCGUAGCCUUCGUUUACAAAAACAAAAAACCCCACCAAAACCCCACAUGCAUUUCAAAUGGCCCACAUUUGUAUCUUUUUCACAAGAAACAGAUAGCUUUUACUUCCUUGAUUCCAGACUGGGAAUCAGAAAUGACUAACCCCAGUCUGUGUUCUGCCCAGCGAUGUGGGUUCAUUGGCUGUCACAGUGGGUUCUUGGUAAAGCUAGAAUAAGAAACUACUCCCUUUCACUGGAAAAAAAAAAAAAAAUGAAGAGGAAAUUUUUUCUUUUAUGCUAGGCUGCCUUUAUGACUGCGAAAUCUUUAGGUGACCUUGGUUUAAUGGUCUUUCCUUUGUGCUAAGUACUGCUGAGGAUCACCUUUUUCUUCUUCUUUUCUUUCUUUCUUUUUUUUUUUUUUUUUUUUUUUUUUUUUUUUUUUUUUGCCAGAUAGCUCUUGCUGGCCUCUCUCCACAUCUUUUGUUGAAACACAUAAAGACCAUCUUUUCGCUGCUUCGGGACCUUAGCUACCCGUGACAGGUGUAAGCGCAGUGAGAAUGUGGUGGAGACGCAUUUUUGAAAAUUUAUUGGCAGCUCAGAGACUGUGUUUUCCCAGCUUAGGCCCUGUAUUCAUUGGUCAAGGUUUCCUCCAGAAAGGCCACCUCAGCCAGGAGAACAUUUAUCACACUGCUGGGCGCAGGUUUCUGUUACCUUCCUUCCGUCUCUGCUUUGUGGUCCCCCAGCAAUAACACUCACUCUUGCUGUCUUGUGCAUCUCCAACAGGCAGACUCAGUUUCCUCCCUCCGGACAUGUCCAUACGUGUUUCACACGCAAACUGUUGAGUCGGGUUUUUCAGCUGUCACCAGCCCACGUCAUACUGUCUCUGUGUGGUCCUCCCAAAGCCAUCCGUUCAGGUCCCUUUGCUUUGCCAUUUCCAAGUGUCUGAGGUGGUCGAGUCUCAGCUUCCAGAAGUCUUGGUUCUGGGGACAGGAAACCUAGAUGGUGACUCUUUAGGGGAAGUGGUGGCAUACAAAGUCUAGAGCAUAUGGCAGUAUGAAGGGAGUUUUUAAAAUAAAUCGAAGAUGAAGCUGUGAACAGCAUUAGAACUUUGUCUCUCUGUUCAUUUGAAACUAUGCUGAUAUGCCUUAAACUGUAGUUGUAGCUCAUUGUCAUUUUGCUGUUUGAAAAUAACCAAUGUGUUUUUUAAACUGUUGUAUAAUCUACCUUCAGUGUUAAUGCCGAAUUGUCAUCUAUGUAAACUGCAUGUUAGACACGUGUCUUUUUUUUAAAAAACUAAAAUAAUUGUAUCGAUGUGAAGCGUAUCCUGUUUGGAAGUGUGACAGUAAUCCCUUACGGACGUCCCCGGUGAUGUGGUGUCUGUUAAGGCAGGAGCAUGGCGGCCAGGCCAUCUAUGCAUUUAGCACUAGUGCCAAGACGUUACCCCCGGGGGGAAAUAUAUUUUUACCCAAACACUGUGUGCCCUUUUGUGAGUUCUUUUUAGUCACCGUUUGAUAUGCAAAUGUACACAUGCUUCCUCUGUUGGAUAAAAGAAAGAGGGAUGAAAGAGUCUCGUGCUUUCCUGCCUUUGUCUGGACUUCACACGUUACCACCUGGGCAGCACCAGUUCCGCCCGAACGCUUGCCACGUCGUGUCUGCACCGCACAUCCCAUCUCUGCCACCCUCCCUCCUCCCCACCCCGUUCCCUUCCCCUCCUACCCUGAUGAGCGCCCCACGGCCCCGGCCCAGCUGGGGCAUCCUCUUCCCCGGCCUCUGGUACCCGUGCCACCGCCACUGCCCCCCACCCCCACCCCGAGCUGGGCUCCUGAGAGUCACCUCUUUACUGACACACUGCGGUUCCUUCACAGUUUGUUGUAGAGACGCUCCUUUUUUUUUUUUUUUUUUAAUCUUUUUUAAGCCUUUUAAGAAUCAAAAUUUGAACCUGAACCUUUCUUUUUUCUCUUCUGUAGCUUCUUCUUUCUGUAAGCGUCCUGUUGACAAGCCCUACUCUCUCCUAAUGGACAUAGAGCAUUAGAAGAGCAGGAGCUGUCUGUUGACACGUGUUGGGGAAGAGUUACCUCCUUUCCACCAUCGCCUCCCGCCCGUUCUUUUAAAGUCUGGGUCACAUACGGCACUGCUGUUUGUCCAUGUCUGUUUACAGACCACUGCCUAUAGUGGUGGCUAAUACUAAAGAGACUUAUCACCACCCAAACCAGUAAUACCAGUAAUACCACUUAAAAGGAGAUUGAGUGAAACAGAGAACUUGGGCCAAAACCCCAGGUAGCCAUGUGUGGGGAUCCUCUCGCGUGGCUGUCAUGUUCUUGAAGCUGCUGACCCAAGACCUCAUGGACUGAAGCCAGCGCGGACCCUAAUCUGAGGGUCCACAAACUUGAUCUCAUGUUAACUCCAGGCCUCUCGGUCCCAUGAGCAACAUUCUCAACAGCCCCACCAGGACCCUCAAUCGUCAAUCAGGUCAUAAGAUCUAGGCAACAAUUUUCCUUCCUUUUGUUAGUUUUAUGGGUUAUCUCGAAGUUUGGGAUUUUUUUUUUUUUAAUUUGAUACUGCAUGAACAAAGAUGACUGCAAUUUUAAAAUUUGGAGUGUUCUAUUGAUACAAUGUUUCUAUUUUUCAGCUGACCGUCUGCCUCUUGAGAGAGAGAAGUGGGCCUCCUGCCUGUAAAUUCAGGCACCGUUGUUUAAUUUGACUCGUUGUUACCUGCACCCCUCAUAUAAGUUUUCUGAGCUUGGGAUUCUAUUUUGAAAAAAAAAUUUUUUUCUACU